UCACAAUUUGGAAAAAUUUGGGUCUUUGGGGGUGACUUUGAUUGCUAGAGACUUGUGUAGUCCAAAUUCUUCAACUUUGAGGGGUGAGUGUAUUUGAUGGAUUGGAUAUUUGUGAAUUCUUCGAAUUCUUUAUCAAGAGGUUAGAGUUGGUGGUUUUUCUUUUUGGAUUAAUUUUUUGAUGGUGAAUUAAGGAUUCUUAAUAAAGUAGGUAAUUUGUUGUUGUCGACUGUAAUUGUGUGUACCUAUAUUAGAAACAUGGGUUGCAUGAAUUCUAAGUCCGCGGCUGUCGAAGAUAGCCGUGAGAAUCACAAAGAGAGGCUGAAGCCAAAAGGGUCAUUGGAAAAGCUUGUUCCUCGAGCCAAUUCGUCAAGAAGAGAGGAAAUCGUUGGAUCCAAGGAUAAAUACGAUGGCGGUGAUGUGAAAGUGUUGUUGAUUGAUAAGAAAACGACUGAUUCUAAUCAUUAUUGUUAUAAUGAUCAGGCUGAGAAGGAGAGUACUAUUGACAAGUUUGAAGUGAUCGAGACAAUUGAUAAAGUCGAAAGCUUUGAGGUUACAACAAUUGCUCCUCCUCCUCCUCCUCCUCAUCCUGGUUCGGGAAGGGUGUCAAAUAGCAUAAAAGGAGAGCAGGUUGCAGCAGGAUGGCCUUCAUGGCUUGCUGCUGUGGCAAGUGAAGCUAUCAAAGGAUGGAUACCCCGACGGGCCAACACCUUUGAGAAGCAGGAUAAAAUUGGCCAAGGAACUUAUAGUAGUGUGUACAAGGCACGUGAUGUGAUUCAUAAUAAACUUGUGGCGCUGAAAAAAGUGCGAUUUGAUAAUCAUGACCCUGAGAGUGUGAAGUUCAUGGCAAGGGAGAUUAAUCUCUUACGAAGACUUGAUCAUCCAAAUGUUAUUAAAUUGGAAGGCUUGAUCACAUCCCCAAUGUCAUGCAGCUUAUACCUUGUUUUUGAAUACAUGGAACAUGAUCUUGUGGGACUUGCAUCGCUUCCUGGAAUCAAGUUUUCCGAGCCUCAGAUUAAGUGCUAUAUGCAGCAACUUCUAAGUGGACUUGAUCAUUGUCACAGCCAUGGUGUCCUUCAUCGUGACAUAAAGGGUUCAAAUCUUCUCAUUAACUGUAAUGGAAUAUUAAAGAUUGCAGAUUUCGGUUUAGCAUGCCAUUUUGAUCCUCAUGAUAGUGUUCCAAUGACGAGCCGUGUAGUGACUCUUUGGUAUCGACCACCAGAACUUUUGUUGGGAGCUUCGUGUUAUGGGGUUGCAAUAGAGUUAUGGAGUGCUGGUUGCAUACUUGGAGAGCUAUAUUCUGGCAAACCUAUUUUGCCCGGGAAAACAGAGGUUGAGCAGUUACACAAGAUUUUUAAGCUAUGCGGCUCACCAUCCGAGGAAUAUUGGAGAAGAGCAAAAUUAUCUCAUUCAACGGUGUUCAAGCCUCUUCACCCUUAUAGACGAUGUGUUGCUGAAACAUUUAAAGUCUUUCCUUCUCCUGCUGUAACUCUCAUGGACACCUUGCUUUCAAUAGAUCCUGUUCAUCGAAGAACUGCAGCGUUUGCUCUGAAGAGUGAGUUCUUUACAACACAACCUUUUGCAUGUGAUACUUCAAGUUUACCCAAAUAUCCUCCUAGCAAGGAGAUCGAUGCUAAGUUGCGGGACGAAGAAGCUAGAAGGCAAAGAGCAGUUGGGAGCAGGUCAAGGGUCGACAUGGAAAGGAGGGGGCAGAAGGAACCAGUUUCUACGACAUCAUCCAAUUCUAAUGCUGAUCUGACCACAUCGUUGCAGAGAAGACAACCACAACCUAAUUUGAAGAGCAGCAGUCAGAUGUCGAACUAUCGUAACACAGACGGGUUUUCUGGUUUAUUGGUUGAUCCCUCUAAACAAACUAAUGCUACAAAAGAAAAUAGUAGAUACUUCCCAGAGUACAAUAGAAAGAAAGUUUCACAUUCAGGUCCAUUGGUCUAUGGUGUUGCAUUUGGAAAAUCUGGGAAGGAACCUGAUGACCUUACUAGGCUCCCAUCCAGGGCUAACUUAUCAAAGUUAUCUGGUUUAGUAGCAACUAGAAAAUUGGUUCCUGAAGAUCACAGAGACAGAUCUGGACCUUUGUCUCUAGAAGCAGUGAACCAAGAAGGCAGGUCUCGCAGAUCGUUUAAUGAACCAGAGCCUCCAGGAAAACACAAUGUCAGACGCCAUAUGCCGAUGACUGCAGAAUCCCCACAGACGGGAGGUGGAAGACCCUGCAUCAAGGAACCAAUGCAUGGUCGUGGUCCAAGGGGAAACAAAAUCUACGUGUCAGGUCCAUUACUUGCUCCAUCCGAGAAUGUCGAUCAAUUGCUUAAGGACCAUGACUUUAAGAUCCAAGAAUUCGCUCGAAGAGCAAGACUUGACAAGACAAAACCCGGGAAACUACAAGCUCAAGGAAAGCAAGUGACAGAAAAUUCAUUGUUUGUCACUUCUCGCAGAGCUGGAUAGAUGUUUCAUACAUACUCUUUUCUUUCUUCGAUCUUAGUGAUGAAGCUGGAAAAUCAGGUAAUCUAAUAGCAAGAGAUAAUUAGAUUACAUGAUUUACCAUGUAUAGUGAGUCUCCAUCUUGGUAGAUCAAGAAAAAAAAAUAUAGUAUUUGAUCUAAAGAACUCAUUAAUCUCCUUUUAUUUGGUUAGCUAUAAAUUUUUCUGGAAUUGUACCCGAUUG